AGUGAGUCGGCAGUGGUUCAGGCAUAGCUCCGGGCGCUCGAAGCCGGGGUCGGGGGGCGGGCCCGAGCGGGGCCGAGCGGACCUUCCGGGUGUCCUCCCGGCCCGGCCCCGCUCCGUGCCGGCUCUCGAGCCCCCGCCCCCGGCGAGCCCCCGGCGUGGCCCCCGCAGCGCCCCGACCCUCCGCGCGCCGCCGGGCCCGGGGCUCCCGAUGGCGCGGCCCUGGGUGUGCGCGCUGGGCGCCGGCCUGCUCCUGGCCCUCCUGGCCCUGCACUCGCGGCUCUGCGGCUCUCCGAUUUUAAGGAACUUUGCGCUUCAUGUUUCCUGGAGAACGAAGAACACUCUUUACCGGCUGGACGUGGACUGGCCUAGGUAUCCGGAAUACUUUACCGGGGCGACCUUCUGUGUGGCCGUCGACCCCCUCAGCGGACUGGUGUACGUGGCGCAGAGAGGGGAUCGCCUCCCAAAGGUGCUAGUGUUCACGCAGGACGGAUACUUCCUGCGGGCCUGGAAUCACACCGUGGACACUCCGCAUGGCAUGUUCGCGGCCAGCACCUUACACGAGCAGUCUGUCUGGAUCACGGAUGUCGGAAGUGGAUCCUUUGGUCAUACUGUUAAAAAAUACAGUUCCUUUGGUGAUCUUGUUCAAGUCUUGGGUACCCCCGGCAAAAAAGGCACUGGUUUGAAUCCCCUGCAGUUUGAUAACCCUGCAGAAUUAUAUGUAGAGGACACGGGAGAUAUUUACAUCGUAGAUGGUGAUGGAGGGUUGAAUAACAGAUUGUUCAAACUGUCCCAAGAUUUCGCAAUGCUUUGGCUGCAUGGAGGAAAUGGGACGGGGCCUGCCCAGUUCAACAUACCUCACAGUGUCACAGUCGACUCAGCUGGCCGGGUGUGGGUUGCUGACCGAGGAAAUAAAAGAAUCCAAGUGUUCAAUAAAGACACUGGGGAAUGGUUAGGAGCCUGGACUGAUUGUUUCACAGAAGAGGGACCUUCUUCAGUCCGAUUCACUCCCGACGGGAAGUACUUGGUUUCGGCCCAGCUGAAUCUCAGCAGGCUCUUGUUCCUGGCCGCGCCCCCAGUGGGGCUCAUCGGCGACUGCUCCGUGCUCAGCGUGCUCCAGCUCGCAGACCAGGUCUCGCCUCAUCUCUUGGAUGUGGACAGGACGACUGGAGCCAUCUACGUGGCAGAAAUUGGAGCAAAACAGGUGCUGCUGCCCCUGGCACCGCUCCUUCCCGACAGACCACCUCGUCCACCUGCCGCCCUGACCUCCAGUGACGAGUGCACAAGGCAGAUGCUUCCGGAGCCCGACGGCGAGCCAUGGCGCCUGCAGCUGGAGCUCGGCUCGCGGCAGGUUUGCAGCUGUGAAAGGCCACUUUCCUUCUUUGCACUGCGUUUGAUCCUUAAGACAUCAGCCCCAAAUCCCAUCAGUGAAGGAGGCUGUAUCCAAAGCUACACAAGCCUCAAGUAAGAAAACUGUCUCCACUUUGUCCUGAAGUUAGCAUCCAUUAAUAGCUACAAUUUGUUUUGUAUUUUGUGAUAUGCAGCAUAUCUUCCAGCUAAAAUCCACUGCUGAUCCAAAUAUGCUCAAUUAAAAGGGAGAAGAAUGUACAUGGUCCUAAAUUCCAACAAAAUCUGUUACAAAAGAGAACGGCUGUAAGUUUUCUUGAAGAAACUGGUGAGCAUAGGCCCAAAGACAUGGUGAUUGUGUUAGUUCAUUGGAAAAAAGUCUGUAACAAACACACCCGGAGGCAGGUUUCCUUUCCACCUUCUUUCUGAAUUCUCUAAUUUCCUCCAAAAAGAGGCACUUUGACACCUCAAAACUUCAUGCCCCCAAGUGUCCCCAAGCUCUGUAAUCCCAGCCCUCCCAGCAGGGACGGUGCAGACAUCCAGAUGGGCUUCGGGAGACAGGCCGCGAAGACGCAGGCGCGUCGUCGAACCAUGCACAGAGGCGGUAAGUGUUUCAGCAAAGUCUGUCCCAGGUGUUUUUACCCCUUGAAAGACACUGACACGAACCGAUUUCCUCAGGUGAAUACGGUUUCUCUGUGUUGGGGGGGUGGGUGGCGCAGGCCCAGCAGCUGCGGGCUCCAGUCAGCGUUUGCCUGAACCCCAUGAGGAGACAGUGAUGAAUCUUCCUGGUGCCUGGCAGCUCGCCCACCGGCAGUCACCCCUCGAUUAGCAUGCUGGAGAAUUUAGUAGAAAUGGCUCUAACCCAGGAGCAGAUGGCCCUCUGAGUGACGAGGGGAAUGAUAAUUUCUGCUGUGUUUAUCUUGCGUGUUCUUUCUUGUCCGAGGCAUCCCCUAGGAUCACGGGGUGACAGAACCGGGCCCUGCUCAGUGCCUUCGGAGAGCAGCUUGCCCUGGACCUGGUCACUGGGAAGGCCGAGGCAGGAGGUGCCCAGGGAUGGCCCUCCUCUGUCGCACCGUGUUCAUUUCUCAUGUCCUCUGAUGUUAAGUGAAAAGAAGAGCUUUGCAUACAUUUCUGUAGCUUCUCUGGGGCUGAUGAAACCCUCUGUCUGAUCCAGUUCAGUCUUUGCCAGGAAAUUGUCGUCAGAGUGUUAAAGUUUAGGGAACCUGCGUCUCGCCUCCUCGUUCAGCCCAGCUACCAGCAAGCAGCUCGAGAGAAGGGGGACACCACUCUGUUCAUAAACACUGCUUUUGAGAGGAAAGCAAAGGAUGAGGGACAGCCCUGAAGAGGAGGGACAGGAGAGCGAGCGUGUCGUGCUGUGCCAGGGCCGCCGUAAGCGAGCUGACCCACGGCAGGCACUUGGCACCUCGCCAUUCUGGGCUUGGGUGCCUGAAACCCGCGGGCAGUGCCCUCCCCGGCCCUCCUGGCUCCCGGUGCUUUGCCAGCUGUCCCUGGGCCUCCGUCUGCCUCAGCCGCCCCAUGGCCUGUGCGUCUCCCUGGCCUCCUGACAGGAGCCCCUCUCAUGGGUCCAGGCCCCCUGCUGCGUACGAGCUCAUCUGAACCUCAUUCCCUUUGCAGUGACCCUCCGGUGUUUGCAGGUAUCGGGAUAAGGAGCCAGCACCUCACUGGGGACGCUCCCACCCACAGCAGGGCUGCAGAACCACAGUUCUGAUGGCCUGUCGGGCUACAUCCGUGCCAGGAAAAACUUAAAUGAUACAGUUGAGUCACUAUGUGGUUAAAACUGGUUCAGAAAUGGGCAAUCCGUUCGGUUAAACCAUGAGUGUUAUUUCUCUACUUACACAUCUGCUAUCAGAUUCUCAAGUGUGAGUUGAGGACACCUCAACCAAAGCGCUCAUGUAUGUGUCUGCGUCAGCUGCCAGCUGUGCGAUUGGGCACUUUAUUUAAAUUAUCUCAUCUUAAUCUCAUGAUAAG